GAUGAAAAUUCUAGUUUAUUUCAUUUUGUGUUUAAUUAAUAUUAUAACAGCUUAUGAACUACAUAAACUAUCUCCAUUUACUAUUUUAUGGAGAAUGGAUAACCCAAACCGGAUGAAGUUUGGAAGACGUUAUGAAAUAAAAAAUUUAGAAAAUGGAAUGAGCCAAUUAUCUCAUAUUGAAAAAAAUAUACCUCCUAACAUUAUUCCUUCUAAUUCAUUAAAUGAUGCUUAUGUCCGGCUUUGUAAUGAUUUUGAUAAUACCGACCUUAAAAAAGAAUUUCUUCAAAAUUUAAAUGAAAGUUUAAUAUUUCAAAAAGCUGGAGAAUUAUACGAGAAUAGAGAAAAUUAUUUUGUUGAGUUUAUAGAAGAUGAUGGCCAAAAAAGUUUCAUUGAUAAAGUUGGGGAACUCUUAUUUUCUGAGGAAGAACCGCAAUUCUAUUCCUUAUUUUGCCAAUUCACACAAGAGAAGGGAAACUGGCAUUCUUUUAUACGUGAACAGCCACAUAUGAAAAUUAUUUCGUUAAAGCUCAUAAACAACAAUGAUGAAAUAAAGGAUAUGCAAGUUAAAUUCAUAGAAAAUGGAAGAAUGAGGAAAAGACGGAUUUUAAUUGGAACUAGUUUGGAUUUUGAAAUUGUUGUCUUUUCAUUGUGUGCACUGUCAAUUAAAGACAAAGAGGAAUGGAAGCAUUGUUCAGCUCCCAUUGAUGGCGGAUAUCAUUUUGAUAUGGCACUUAGAAUGUCAGAGAAUUAUGGACAUUUAAAUAUAGCUUCGUUUACCAAAAUUUUAAAAAAGAAGAAGCGAAAGCACAAAUCUGAUCCAGAAUUUCAAAAAUUAGUUGAAGAACUAUGGGAAAAGGAUGUUGAUAGAGUUGACGAAUCUGCUAUUACACUAAAUUGGCAAGGAAAACUUGAGAAAAAACAAGUAAAGGACAUUUCGCCUGAUCCCUUAUUCUCUUCUGUUGAUGAAUCUAUAUUUCAAAAACCUAUAUACGCUGCUCUACUAGAGAUGUACAAAGAAAAUAAUUUUUAUCAACAAGUGUGUGAACAAGAACCUCCAAUGAACGAGGAAAGAAGAGAAAAAUUUGUAAAAAUUUGGGGAUUAAUUACGGAUAGUGAAGUAUUUAAAUUAGGUUAUGACUUUCUUCUAAAUCAUGGUCAGGAUAUGAAAUUUGCAAAAAAUUUUGAGACAUUUUAA